AGAUUGGUUCUAUCUCUUCAAUGAAUGAUUUGGUCGAUACCCAUUAACCAAAAAGAAAACAUCCGGAUCAUUACCAGACCCGUCGGUGAGAUAGCGGGUUUGAAAUACACGGUAUUCGGUUUACGAAUCUCAGGAGGAGGAAGAGAAAAUAAAAAUGAGUUUUUUAAUUUCGCUCUCUUCUUAGAUCCCGUUUGUUCUCUUUCUCACUUUGGCUGUUUAAGCAAAAACCAUGGCUUCUCGCUGUGAGCUACUUCUGAUCUGCGUCUUCUCUCUCUUAAUUGCUUUUGCUCACUCCAAGACAUUGAAGCGAGAUGUGAAAGCUUUGAAUGAAAUCAAAGCCUCUUUGGGAUGGAGAGUGGUGUAUUCAUGGGUUGGUGACGAUCCUUGUGGAGAUGGAGACCUUCCACCUUGGUCUGGUGUCACGUGUUCUACACAAGGAGACUAUAGAGUUGUCACAGAAUUAGAAGUUUAUGCGGUUUCGAUUGUUGGACCUUUCCCCAUUGCAGUAACAAACCUUCUGGAUUUGACUAGACUGGAUCUACAUAACAACAAGUUGACUGGUCCAAUCCCUCCACAAAUUGGACGACUGAAACGGCUGAAAGUACUGUAUGAUCCAAUUCUCUUCAGAGUGAACUUAGCACUUACAAACCUGAGGUGGAAUAAACUACAAGAUGUGAUCCCUCCCGAGAUUGGGGAGCUGAAGAGACUAACCCAUUUGUACUUGAGCUUCAAUAGCUUCAAGGGAGAAAUUCCCAAGGAACUAGCUGCUCUUCCCGAGCUUCGGUAUCUAUACCUUCAAGAAAACCGUCUCAUUGGUAGAAUUCCUGCCGAACUGGGGACUCUGCAAAACCUUCGCCACCUAGAUGUUGGUAACAACCAUUUGGUGGGAACUAUACGGGAGCUCAUCCGUUUUGAUGGAAGUUUCCCAGCUCUUCGCAACUUGUACUUGAAUAAUAACUAUUUGAGUGGAGGGAUUCCUGCUCAGCUGUCAAAUCUUACAAACUUAGAGAUUGUUUACCUGUCUUACAACAAAUUUAUUGGAAACAUUCCUUUUGCCAUUGCUCAUAUUCCUAAACUGACAUACCUGUACCUUGAUCACAACCAAUUUACCGGGAGAAUCCCAGACGCAUUCUACAAGCAUCCAUUCCUCAAAGAAAUGUACAUUGAAGGCAACAUGUUCAAGUCAGGCGUGAACCCAAUUGGUACCCACAAAGUUUUAGAAGUUUCUGAUGCCGAUUUUGCCGUGUGACCGGAUAGAAGAUUCCAGGAAGGUUCUCGAGAAAACGUCUCAGAACCACCUAGAGAUUGUUCCACUUUAGCCCUCUUCACUAUUAUUAUUUUUUGUAUGGUCUGUGGAUUUGCAAAUGAAAGAAAGCAUAAGACUACAAGUUUUUAUCUUCAUAUUGUAUAGUUAGACACAUUCCACUAAUCUAUAUUUCUCCUUAAUCAAAUGAUUAUAUAUAUUUAGAUUGGAAUAAACCACUUCCAGUAUA